UCAUUUUUUCGCGUCCCUAAAGCGACUUUGUGCACAAUUCGCAAAAAAUUAAGACUAAAGUAAAGUAAAAAGUAAGAAAGUAAACUUCGCACCGCUCCAUAUAAAUUUAACCGCUGCUUGACAAGGAUCAACUGCGAACAUGGAUCUCAGUGGUCCACAAACUCUGAACAACAUACUUCAGCCCGACGAGUUGAAACUCGUGCCGGAAGACGUCCAGAAGAAAUUGUCGGAGUACAUCAACAAUUUCUCAGAUGAGUACUGCAAGAACCGUGCGGCCGCCAAUCGGUUGGCCGAAGCCGAGCAAAAAAAGGAAGAGCUGGAGAACAAAAUGGAGGACUAUCUAGUAAAAUUUACCAGCUUUGAGUUAAAUGUAAACGAGCUGCGCACUCAUCUAGAUCAGAUGUCUUCGGAACGAGUUAACCUAAUGGACACGAUCGCCAAAGGCGAGCAAACUAUAUCACAGUUGCGCAAGGAAAAGGCGUCGGUAGUUGAAGAACGCGAUUCGAUGAUGAAGGUAAUCGAGCGCCAACAAGCGGAGCUGGAACGAUUGAAGCAGGAUCUGCACACCUACCAGCAGCAGCUGAGCAGCGCGAUUGCUGCCAAGUGCGAAGCCAUUGCUCGCGUGGACGAAAUUCAAAGUAAGGAAGUGGCUCUGGAGCUCAAAGAGAACCGCAUGGAAAGCGAACGCGAUAUGCUGCACAAGGAGAUUUUGUUAAUCAGCGGAGAUCUGAACAAAAGCAACGCCGAGUUACAGAACAUCCGACGGGAGCACACAAUAAACACCAUGCAGCUACAGUCUUGCCUUAAAGAAAAGACCGAAUCGCUAAAGCUGAUGCAGGAACAGUACGAACAGGCCGUCAAGACCAUCGGGGAACUAACCAGCAAGAUUGAAAUGCAAAACGACACCGCCUUCAAGCAGAACCAGGCCACGGAAGAGUAUGUGGGGAAGCUGAAAAAGGAACUUGAUGCCAAAGAGAAGCUUUUUGAAAUCUUUAAGAGCACCGAAUCCGAUCAUCUGAUCCAACGGGAGGAACUCCUACAGGGCAUCUCCGAAAUUAAACGUUUGUUAGAGGAGGCCGAAGAGCAGUGCGCCCAGUUGACGGAGCAAAUGGAAACCAUGAAGCAAAAGCACAGCGCUGAGUUGGACGAGCAAAAUAAGAAGAUUCAGGCUAUGGAACAGGAGCUAGCAAGUGCCAACGAUUUGCUAAAACAGGCCCGGGAAAGUAAUUUGGAAAGCGCCAUAUGCCAGUUGGCUCCCAGUGCGGCUGUGGCUAGUCGCCUUAUCCGCUCCGAUCUAUCGCUUACCGAACUUUACUCCAUGUACGCCAAAAGCAGCGAAGAACUGGAGAUGCGAAACUGCGAAAUUGAGCAGUUGAAGUUGCAGCUCAAGUCGAUCAUUGCUGAGAUUUCAGAGAGUGCACCGAUUUUGGAAAAACAGAACUCCGAUUACCAAAAAAUGAAGGAAACUAACAGUGAGCUCCUGCGGGAGCAUGAUGAAUUAUUACAAAAUAAGCUAUGCCUUGAGCGGGAAUUGGAAAGGGCCUUAUCUACCCUUAAUCACAACCAAAAUGAGAAUAAGAAACUAAAACAGACACACACCGAUCUCAGCCGACAGGUGUGCAUGUUGCUGGACGAAUUGAACUGCAUAAGGGCUGGAGUGAAACAUGUACGUAUCCAACCAACUCGUCAGCUACCCACCAGCGAAAGUUUGAUCAGCGAUAACUUGGUAACCUUUAGUUCUAUUGAAGAGUUGGUGGAUAGAAAUACAUACCUCCUGAAUAUGUCCCGCGAGCUCACAGAACUUUUGGAGGCUAGCGAAAAGAACCAAGAUAAGAUGUUGCUGGAGCAGUCUAAGAAUCACAUAAGAAAACUGGAUGCGCGUUUUGCCGAAUUGGAGGAUUUAUUAACGCAAAAGAACAAUACGGUUACUACACUACUAUCCAAGUGCGACCGCUACAAGAAGUUAUAUUUCGCGGCUCAGAAGAAGCUCGGUCAAAAUACUGUGGAUCUGGACGACUCCAAUCUGGAGCCUAACGACUCUGCACUGGAUACUUCAGAGCAGCCGGCAGCCAAUUUUGAGGAGAGCAGGAAACUGGAAAAGAGGGUGCGACAGCUGGAGCAACAGUUGGAAGGGGAGGUCAAGAAGUAUGCCUCACUGAAAGAGAACUACGACUAUUACACUAGCGAAAAGCGUAAAAACGAUGCACUGGCCCAAGAACAGUUCGAUUCUAUGCGUAAGGAGGUGCGGGAGCUAACCAGCAGUAACUGCAAGCUUAUGAACACCACCGAAUUCCAGAAAGAGCAAAUCGAACUACUUCACAAAAAUAUAGGCACCUACAAGCAGCAGGUGACUACAUUGGAAGAGCGUACCAAGAACUAUGAAAAGACCAUUAUUAAACACGAGCAAACCGUACAUUUGCUCAAGGACGAAAUGAUGGCGGCACACCGCAAGCACGCAGCAGCCGAUGCAGAGGCUCAAAGCCUUCGCCAAGAGAACCGCAUUCUAAGGGACACAUCUUCUAGACUGCAGAUCGAAAAGGAGACUUAUCACCGCGAGCAGCAGAGCCAAUCACUGCUUCUAAACAGUUUGGAAUUCAUAAAGACCAACCUUGAGCGAUCUGAGAUGGAGGGUCGCCAGCGUUUAGAGCAGCGUUUAGAUGACACUGUACGGGAACUGGCUGCUCAGCGUCGUCACUUCCAGGAGGAGGAGGAGAAGUUCCGUGAAUCAAUUAACGAGUUUAAGCGACAGGCGGAGACGGCCAUCAAGUUGAAAGAUGAAGAAAAGCAGCUGGCAGACAAGUGGCAAGCGGAGCUUACCAGCGUUCGCGAAGAACUUGCUGAGAAGGUCAACAAGGUCAAUGAAUUAAGCAAAAAACUUCAGGAAGUUCUGACGCCCACUCUAAAUGACAACCCCAUCACUGCAGCUAAUAAACGAGCACGAGAGUUCGAACUUAAGCUGGACCAGGCCACGGUGGAGAUUGAGUCACUCACUAAAGAGUUGGCAAAGACUCGUGAGCAUGGCGAGCAGUUCUACAAGAUGUCUCAAAGUGCCGAAAGUGAGAUCAAGCGUCUGCACGAGCUUCACGGCGAGUUGGUGGCCAAGCAGGAGGAGGAAAUCAAGAAGCUUCGCAGUUCAGAGGCUGAACUGAAGACCCGUAUAAGCGAUUUGGAAGCGGAGGCCAUGUUGUCCAAUGUCACCGAGCAGAGCAAGACUGUCAACCAGUCGGGUCAAUUAAAGUCAGCCCAAGACGAUCUAAAGAGCUUGCUGGAGAAGCUUACGGAAGCUAAUUGCACCAUUCGGACACUGCGUAGCGAAAACACAAGCCUGGUUGAAUCUCUUAAUGCUGCGGAGGUGAAGUAUGCUAACGGAAUGAUACAGCAUUCUGCAGAUAUUCAGGAGUUAACCCGUUACAAGGCAGAAUUCUUCAAAGCCAACGACGAACUCAACCAAUUAAAGUCAGGUCGGGAAUCAUUGCAAGCCGCAUACGAUGAACUUCUGCGUUCGAAUGCCGAAGCCCAGAAGUUGCUGGACAAGGAGAGGGAGGAGUCAGAGAAGAGAGUGGCUGAUUUGCAUGCAUUGAACUCCAACUUGCAUGAUCAAAUCGAAGCUCUGGCCUCGAAGCUGGCUGUUCUGGCCAGUCAAAGCCAAAACCCGAACUCUUCCUUGAAUGAGUCUGCAAUGGAUGGAGAUCAGAGCCUGAAUGCUUCUGGACUAACCGCUGCCGAAGAAGGAAGGAACAACGAACAGCUACUAAAGAUCAUAAAGUUUUUGCGCAAGGAGAAGGAUCUGUUCGCUGCCAAGCUGGACAUUCUCAAGGCGGAAAAUGCUCGUCUGAUUUCAGAACACGCCAUUCAACAAAAGAAGGUUGACGAACUGAAUGGCUAUCUGAACCAAGAGCGCGCAAAGAGCCAGACAGACGUGGUGUCGGCCAACAAACACGAGGAGGUGCUACGUAAGAUUGAAACUCUGAAUGCCAUCACCGAUAGCAACCGCAUUUUGCGAGAGGAGCGUAACGCUUUAACUCUUCGCGUCGCCGAACUCACUGAUCGUAUCAGCAGCGUGGAAAAGGAACUGUUCCCGCUGCAGUGCAGCAACAAGGAACUGACAUCGAAGAUCGAGGAGAUUAAUGUGGAGAACACCUCGCUCCGCACCGAGGCAAUUAAGUGGCGGCAGCGUGCCAAUGCGCUGGUGGAGAAGAGCAAUCGCAACCCAGAGGAGUUCAAGCGUCUGCAGGCUGAGCGCGAGCACCUGGCCAAGUUGCUGACCGCCGAGAAAGAGCUAAACAAGAAACAAUCGGAUGAGCUGACUGUGCUAAAGCAGCGCAUGAAUACAGAGAUCCCAAUGCUGAACAAACAAAUGCAAAUUCUGGACGAGGCGCGCAAGAAGCAAGUGGACGAAUUCACCAAUCUCAAGCAAAACAACACGCGCCAGACGCAGGAUAUCAUGGAAUUGAAGAACCGACUACUGCAAAAGGAGGAAGAGCUGUUGAAGGCCAACGAGGAGUUGGAGACGAAGGACAAGACUAUUGCAGAUAAGGAAACCAAGGAGCUACAGCUUCGCAAACUGGCAAAGCGGUACAAGGACUUCUAUAUAGGCCUUCAAUCUCAAGGUGGUGGAACCGAGUCGGCAGCGGAACUGGAGAAGGUUCGCAGCGAGUUGGAGGAAGUCAAUAAUCAACUACGGGCGCUUAAAGAUGAGCACGAAAAGAUUACCAAAGAAUGUGAUGAGGUCAAAAAGCGCACAGAGCCAGAAACGGAUACCAGUGCCAUACGACAGGAAUACAAGGCCAAGUUGGACAAACUUGUAGUAGACCUUACAGUGGCUCGUACUGAUUUGGUCAAUCAAGAGACAACUUUUGCUGGCACCAAAUCCUCAUACGACGAGACAAUUGCCCGUUUAGAGAAGGAGCUGCAGGAGAAUAUAGCCGCCAAUAAGGACAUCAACCAGCGACUCACCCGUGAGAACGAAUCGCUGCACAUGAGAAUUAACCAGCUUACCCGUCAGCUGGGAUCUCAGCAGUCAACCAAGCCCUCGACCAGCUCGGUUGCCGAGAAGGGCAAUAUCUCGGAGAGCUCUCCGCGAACUGCUAACGUGAAACCAAUGUCUGGUUCGGCAACGGUGCAACAAUCGGCCACCGUAACUCCCUGGCGUGGAGGGGAGACUCCUUUGGCCAGCAUACGUCCUAUUUCGGUGCAAAACAGCCGCACGGCCGCGAUUCUACCUACGAGCCAACAGCCCCCUGCAGGAUCCAGUACGUCCACCUCCUCGUCAUCCUCAUCCUCAUCCACUUCCACAACAUCCGCCGCUGGCGGCGGCAGCUCGGCGGUAGCCCAAACCGCUUUGGUGCCACCACAGCAACAGGUUCACACCACUGGAAGUGCCGCCCUGGAAUCGAUGGCGUCCUCCUCACCCACUUCCUCACAUACCGAUUACAUGCCGUCCACUAGCUCUGCAUCUGUGGCAGUCGCUGCUAUUCCGCCGAUGGGCGCCUCAUCUGCUGCCGAAAGUUCCCAGGAGGCGGAAAGUAUCCAGCACCCGCAGCAAAACGAUUCGCAGUUGUUUGUAGGCGGAGCCCAACAGCAAGUUGUGGCGCUAGUGUCGCCGCGUGUGGAAGGGUCAUCUUCAUCAUCCAGUUCCACGUCUGUCCCGACUGCCACUGCUCCCAGUAUCCAGGAUGGCGGAAGUCAGAGCCAGCAGCCCAGCACUUCUGGCAGCAGCAGCAGCUCCUCCACAGUGGUGAGUAGCCACAGCAGACACACCCCGUCCAGCAGCAAUGUGACGACCACCCAGGCUGGAUGCUCCUCACAAGGCAUUAAGCGUCCUCGCGACAUUGAGGGUGACUCCUCCACCGGCACUGAGGAGGGUGUCGCCGAAAAAAUGUCAAAAAUUACUAAGAGACUUCGCGGUCCCAUGCACAGCGGAGAGUUAUCCGCCGGCCACAUUGGUGAUUCCGGAAUGGAUGUCGAUCAAAUGCCAACCUCCUCCCAGCGCGAUCAGGAGGAUGACAUUCAAGUGGUUGACUCAGACGACGAGGAGGACGUUCUGGCCGAUGCCGACGAUGGUCCCAUUGACGGAGGCGAGGCCGAACAGGAGGGCUACGAAGACUCGUACGAGCAGGACAAUGAGAUGGAUGACAACGAAGGUGGUGACGAUGACAAUGAUAUAGCUGUGGAUGCCCAGGACAACAACGAGGUGGACAUCGAAGUGCCGGAGCAGCACAUGCAGGCUCAGGAAGAGAGUCAAUCGCUGGACAACCAGGCAAUUGCAACUGCAUCCGCUUCCACUCAGGAGAACAACCAGAGUCAGGCCAUCACCAGUGGCAGUGGAGAGUCAUCGAACCCGGUGACUCUACCUCAGGCUGAGGCCUCCAACUGGAAGCAGGCAGCUGCCUCAACGUCCACAGCCGCCGCCCGACGCAACGAAAGCUCUGUGGAGAUUGUAAGUUCACCUCAAGUCUCGAAUUUUUGUGAGCAACCUGCCCGCUUGGAGUCCGCUGAAGUCGAUGGCACCGCCGAGGUGGCCGGAGGCGCGCCUCAUGAAAGCGCAGGCCCCAGCGAUACGGGAGCUGCCUCGGCCAGUUCUCCGCAAAAACAGAGCGAGGCAGGGGAGAGCAGCGGAAGCGACGCCCUUAAAGCUGCUGACGAUGGUGGUGAUCAUGCUGACGGAACAGAUAACGCCAGAGAAGCAGAUGAGGCAUUCGCCGAGGAGACAAUGGCUACUGGCCAAGGAGAAGACUCUCAGCCGCUAGGAAAUGAUAAUCCAAAUGUGGGCACUAGCCAAUCGGAGGUGUCCCACAACCAAGCCAAUCUUGGCGAGGGAAACCCCACCGAGGACAGCGAGGGAGCCGACGGCGUCUCCUCCGAGGGUGAAAAGCAGGCGGUGGGUGUUGAGGAGGAGGGUCGGGAGGCGGAGGCCACUUCACCGUCGGAGAACACGCGAUUUCGCACGCUGCGUAGUGCGGUGCCCACCCGACGAGGACAUCGCGCCAUGAGGGGUGGCAGUCCCAACAGCCAGAACCGUCCGCAGCGGAUUGUCUGGCAACGGGACACGUCGCCGGGAAACAUUCAGCAAAACCAGAUGUCAGCCAAUAACAAUCGCUUUGCGCAACGGACCCGCAACCGUCGUCCCAUUCGUCGUCCGCCUCCAAACAACUUCAACAACGGAGGACGAUUCCCCUAGGGCGAGGAGUUCGGCGGACCCGCAGACGAAAGUCCGCUGUAGGCUGACUAUAAAAUCAUUGCGUUUACUGGGCUAGAAAUAAGUCUCCUCGCAUUUAAAAGCGCUUAGGCUAGGAUGAGCCACAAAUACAUAUUACUCUACAUUCUCCAGCUUGCGAGUCCUGAGUUUCUGCAGUUGACAAGAUGCAAAGAGCUUUGGUUCUUGUACAUUAACUUUGCUAUAGAGUUUUUAAUAAAUAUAUGUGUAAUUUUGUCGAUAUUUGAUGCACCUUUCUGGGCAAGGAUUUCAAACUGCUGUUACCCCAGCACUACAAAGUGGUUUACUCCCUGAAUAAGUUGCCUCAUUCUAGUAGUGUUAUAACGCAUUAAGAUGUAGUUUUCCCCUCUUUAAACCAUAUUUCUUAGACUUUAAAGUAUUUUAAAGAAUUUCCACUAAUGUUUUUGAUAUUCAAAUGAAUGUAAAAGAUAAUAAUAUUACAGUAUUUAAACAAAUCAAUUAAUUUAGUUUGAUAACGUGUUCGAUUAAAAUCGCACUAGUUCUAAUGUGAAAUAUAGACCACCGAUUGCACUGCACUUUGGUGGCAUUGACCUUAAUUGGUCU